UAAUAUUUGAUUUCUCUCAUCGACGCUUUAAAUCGAAAUUCAAUACAUCAUAGAUCGGAGAUUUUCGAAGGCUUUUUGAAUCAUUAAAUCUCUUUAUCGUUCACGUUCUCACUGUCUGAUUCUUACUGGGUUUGAUUAGAUAUGAAUUGGGUUCAACGAAAAAUCUACCUUUACAAUGUCACCUUCGGGCUAUACAUGCUUGAUUGGUGGGAACGAUACCUUUUGAAUUCUUUGGUGAUAAUUUUGAUGUGGUUUAUUCUAUACAAUGGAUCUCGCUACUUUUCAGAGCUUUGCAGGAGGCAUCUUUCAUGAAACCAGGUAUCAUGGAAGCAUGAAACCGACAUGGUCGUCUGAGACAUGCGCCAACAAACUCCUUGUUCUGCUUUCAAACACCUUCUUUAACAUCAUUUCUGAUCAUUUAACUGUCC